UGUUGUUGAAAAUCGCAAAUUGCUCAUUCUCAUAAAAGAUUACUUGAAACGAAUGGUGGACGUAUGAACAACGCUUAAUAGACAGUUUAGUGUCGAAGGCUUGAACGCCGAAAUGCUCCAAGCUGGGCAAUUGUCUGUAAUUUGAGUGAAAGUUCGAAUAGACCAUUCAACCUUCAACCAAUCAGUUUUAAGCGCUUUGUCUAAAAGUCAGAACGUCGUUGUGUUGGGAGCUUCACUGGCGUUCAAUCGCCAUCGACGUUCGUGGCUGCUGAUAUUGAGAGCGAAAUUUGCCAGUUUUCCUUUUUCCCUUUGUGGGUUUAGGCAAUGUUAGUCAGCGUGCGAAUUGAGCAGAAAAUCAAUAAGAAUUGUAGUCGUUGUCAGGUAGAAGUGGCAACCAUCGACAUGCAGUCCUACAUUGUCCAGAUUACACCGAUUAGAAGAAAGUGACUAUUCCGCUGUCGCUGCACAUUCGGUUAAUUAAACUACGCAAUUGAAAGCACGAAAGAUCGAACUUUCCGCUAUUAGCUAAUUGUCGUCCUGCGAUAAGAUAAGCCUUACAAUGCCAAAUCCGGCCAACUUGUCAAGGUUUGUGGGCAGGUGGGACGCCCACACUCAUAAGGCAGCGUGGCCUUUGUUGCAUAGACUCAGCUGAUAGAGCGAGUCAGCUGUUUUCCGCAGCAAUGCCAGCUUUCGUCAGUAUCGACGUCCCUUCCAUAGUCAGCUGCUUGGCCACACUUGUGCAAAGUAAAUUGGGUCAACUCCGAGAUUUUGAUUGCUGCUAAUCGCUUGGGUAAUGGAAAGGAUCUUAUAGGAUGCAUAGUUUUAAUCUGGAUCCGGAGUCGAAUAGCUGUUUGGAUGAGGGCGAUCUCUUGGUGGCGGUCGCCACUUUGGUGACCGAGGGUCGGAUUCCAGGACCGGACGCGGCCAAUCCGAAAGCGAAAGACUUCCACGAAGGGCCGCACUGCAACCUGUUGACUGGCACCAAUCGGAAUCAUCAGUGCGACGACGCCAAUCUUCUGUGCGAAAGGUUCCAGAGGAACCGCGACAUCAUCCUCAACGUGUUCAAACAGGGUGGGCCGUUUUGCAUCGAGGUUCUGUUCACCUGCACCUGCAAACCGCUGGGGAAACUGGACGCUGACCAUUUGGCCAACACCGUUUUACUGGAACAAUGGCACUUCUCCGCUGGUCCUAACAGAGGAUCAUCGGCGAUCACAUUCAACAUCAACCAGCUGCUGAGCGCCAUCCGAUCCCAGUUGUACUUUUCGCAAAUAACCGCAUGGUUGGUGACGCAAAAUAAGUCGGCCCCAUUAACCGCCGACAAUUUCCGGUACCGCCUGUCGAGCCCCGAGGGGCUGCUGGCCCCACUCACGUUCUCCCUAACGGCCUCGAGGCACGAAUUUCCCAGUACCGAUCUGGGCAAUGGCACCGCACUGAGCAUCACAUUUUCCAGCGCCCCCCGAUUGUCCGCCAAGCCGCACCUGGACUGCUGGCACAACGCUAUGGAGCUGAAGAAGGAGCUGGUUGACGAUCGAAUGCACACUUCGUGCACUGUGAAAGGAAAGCAUUGCUGCGAGGAAAUUGAGGAUCCGGACAAGCACCGAACGUACGGCGGCAAGCGAUCGAAGGCCGCAGACAAUGCAAAGAAUUAUUUGGACUUGGGCAAGCAAAUCGAAGAGGCGAAACAGGAUUUGGAAAGACACACGCGCCCGCACGAGCGUCGCCAUAAUUUAAAUGAUCUCAAAACUGUCCAAGAUAAAGGCCAGCUCCUGCUAGACGCAAUAGAGCGCAGCGGCAAACGCAACCACACCAAUAAGGUGCGCUGCGCUGAAACGCAGACCUGGCCGCUGAGUGAGUGUGAUAAAUAUAAUUGUGAUAUGAGCGAAAGUGAUACAUUUAGCUGUAGGCAAAAGAAUAAUUUAAAUAUGCACGUAGACAACAGCCAUUGUGAUAGUCCUGUUUUGAUAAAACAGGCGUCGGGCGCUCGGAAGAAAAUCACUUUUGAGCGCAACGAGUCUUUGGUUGAUCAGUCACAGAGUACAAAUGAGCCCAAUAUACCCGCCGCCCAUGACCAGGCAAAAUGCCGCAGGAAUUUGGGAAACAGCACGCCUGCAGCGUUCCAUGUGCGCACCGGGUUACCGUUGUGCAGCAGCCCGGCGCCCGCUCGUAAGGGCCAAACUCGCUUCGAUUUUGAUUCUUCGUUGACUUCCGUCUCGGCCAUCAACAGUGCGCUGUUUUCAAGCAGUUUGUCCACGGACGAGGAGAGCGAGAGCGAAGGAGGCAUCGCCUCCCCUUGCAGUCCGGAAAUCUACACGGGUCUCAAAAAGGUUCUCACUCCAGUCUAUCGCCAAAAGGGCCGACCGACCAGUUUGUUAGGGACUUUUGAGGAGUCGGUGCUAAAUGGCAGGCUGGAGCCGGUCUCCACAGUUCAUGGGUUCACUGCUGAACUGGGCGCCAGUGGUUCGUUCGUACCAAAGCAUAUUUUCGUUCCGGUUACUGCCUUCUUUUACGCUCUGGGCGAUCAGGACAGGUUGUCCACACCGUAUCUGGGCCAUAUCAGCUUGGGCAAGAAGGGCUACAAUGUGCCGAAAGUGGGCACUGUUCAGGUCACCUUGUUCAAUCCGUUGGGGACCGUAGUGAAAAUGUUCGUCCUGCCUUAUGAUCUCGCCGAUAUGCCGCCUAAUUCUCAGACUUUUAUUAGGCAGCGCACCCUGUACAUGCCCUCCGGCCUGGGCAGCUGUGAGGCGGAUUUCACCCCCAAGUGGCUGCGAUUCGUCAUUCACAUUAGGUUUAUGAGUUCAAAGUCCGGCAAAAUCUACCUGCACAGCGACAUUCGGAUGAUCAUAAUGAAGAAAGCCGACAUGGACACUGCCACAGCGCUGGAUAUGGAGAAGAACUACGAAAUGCGCAGCUUCUCUCACAUGCCCACCAGCCCGCGCUACUCACCCCGCAAGUAACCAAGCGCUCCUUUGCGUAAGGUAAGUGAGUGGCAGGCCGCCUUACGUAAAGACUGGGCCCUGGAAGCUCGCCCUUUGCGCCCCUCGCCGAACAUUUACCGCUACAUAUGCCGGAUGUUUAUUGGUUGUUUUAUGGAGAAAUAUAAGCCCGUUCAUUUAUGAGACCUGGUUGCUUGAAGCUUUUAUUUUUGCUGGGGCAUUUUGAUGAGCACACCGAGUUUUCCUUGCCGGCUUCGAUGUUCAGUGAUUUUUUCAUUUUUUUUUUGUACAGGGUUUUCUCAUAAAAAUAUAUAGGGUGUUUCAUUGAAAAAACGACUAUAAAAGACAAACAUUUCCGUGUUUCAUAUUUUCAUUUUAAAUUCGGGUUUAAAAAAUUGAAAUAAAUAGGAGGGGGUGUCAACAUAUGAGGAAACACCCUGUACAUUGUCGAAUUUCACCAUCCUUUGGCUGUCUCUCUGAGAGCACUUGUUUUUUUGUCCAUUAAUGGGCGCAUUUCUACAAAAAUUUAAAAGGAACUUCAGGAGCGUUUUACCUGCAUAAUCCAAAUGAUUCCAUCCAGACGCGUGAGCGCUUUAUUGCAAAUCAGCUGUAGACGGUUUCUUGAUAGAUAGUUUCAGCACAGUUUCCACUGGAUUGGGUGUCCAGAUGAUCCAUUUUUGGGCACUAUUUACCCGUUCUCGAUUAGUGUUGAUUAGAGAGAUGAUAGCUCGUUACUGCCAUUGAAUGUUGUAUGUAUUUUAAAUAAGUAGAGCGUAUUAUUGAUUAUUUGGACGAGACGAUCCCAUUGGCGUAUUAGUUUCAUCAUUUUGCUAUUAGAAGAUUGUUUUAUAUUGAUUGUGUUAUGAAUUGUUAUCAUUAUUAUUAUUAUAAUCGUAGCGUUUCGAAACUUCCAAAA